AGACUUUGCUUUAACAAUGGGCAUGAGCUGGUUAAUAGCAACUUUAGCCAUUGCUGCUUUCUUUUCUUCCCAAUUAGUUUAUGCCUAUGAUCUCAACCCUCUACAAGACAUAUGUGUUGGAGUUCAAGACUCUAACUCUUCUGUUUUCGUGAAUGGACAGUUUUGCAAAGACCCAAAGCUUGCAAAAUCAGAUGAUUUCUUUGCUUCAGGUCUUAAUGUAAGAGGAAAUAUAGCGCUGCCUAAGUGGGGUUAUUCUGUGACUAUUUUGGAUGUAAAUACAAUGCCUGGACUCAACACUCUUGGUAUUUCUAUAUCUCGUGCUGACUUAGAACCGAAGGGUCUAGUCCCAUUUCACACACAUCCUCGAGCUACUGAGCUCAUAACUAUAUUGGAAGGUACUAUUUAUGCUGGAUUUCUUCUCCCUGAUUUUCCCAACAUUUUUAAGAGUCAUCUCUUCUCGAAAAUUUUGAAUCCUGGAGAUGUAUUUGUGAUCCCACAAGGUCUUAUUCACUUCCUGUAUAAUGUGGGACAUAAAAAUGCUACUGUACUUGCUUCUUUCAACAGUCAACGUCCUGGAUUCGUCAUGAUUCCUAGUGAAAUCUUUGCUUCAGAUCCGCCUAUUCUAGACGAUGUUCUUGCCAAAGGUUUCCAGCUUGAUAAGAAAGUGAUCAAGCAACUUCGGAAGAAAUUCUCCUAGGAGAUGCCAUUACAGACAGGGGCUCACUUGAACCUAUAGUUUCGGCUCAGACCCUAUAUAUCUUUCCUCAUUAAAUAUGUACAAAUAAUAGCUUUUGAACCCAUUAAAUUAGAUGAAGUAUGAUAGAAUUUCGA